UACAAGUGUUGCCUGGUCUGAAAAAAAAAAAAGACCAAGUCCCGUCCCGUGCCCGCAAGAAGACAUCAACUACGGGUCUUCGGUUCGGUGUGUUGUACACGUUCUGGAAGUCGUGUUCUCUGGUGCGUGCGAGGAACAGACGGCUCCCAAGAAGCUGCUGAUAAAGUUGAUAACGCGAUAGAGAACGGGUGAACACCCCGUGCUCGAGUGAUGUGCGAAAAAAUGUGCACUUGGAACGGAUUAAAGUGACCUGAAUGCAUACCCCUAGGAAGAUUCGGGUUCGCUUUUUUUCAUGAGCUUUAAAGUUUAGCGUUGGUUGGUGGCGAAAGUGGUUGAGAGAGCGCACUCGAGUAACAGCAGCAGCAGCAGCCGCCGCCGCAGAAGUUUAUUUUCCCGCGCGUCGUGUCACACCAGAUGACCAACGUCGGUACAGAUGAAGGCAGAAAAGAAUCCGAAGGCCGAUAUUAUGAAAUUUCACAACUACAGUAGCCCACCAGAGAAAGGCAAGACACGAUCCGGAACAGCAGCAGCAGCAGCAACCGCAGUAUCGACGGAGCAGACUUCGUCCCAGCUGGCGUCCAAGUCGCAGCAACAGAUCAGUCUGAAGAAGAAAAUCACACCCGAGCAGCUGCUCCAGCUGCAGCAAGCCCAGUCGGAACCGCUGGCGAAGCGCCUCCGCGCCGAGUCCGUUCCCGGUGAGGGCGGCGCUACCGAGGAGGAGGAGGAGCUAGACACGUCCGCGACCGAGUCCGAGACGGAGAUGGACCAGACGGCGGUAGUGGAGGAGGAGGAGAUGGAGGUUACGCCGGCGACGACACAGCGGUUAGACGCGAGCACGUUGAAGGCGGCGAGGGGAGCGACCACGACGAUCCUGAUGGCCACCAGCGCGGACGAUGCCGACGACGACAGCAUGGGUCGGAAGAAGGUGAAGCGAAAAGUGCCCGGAAAAGCGCCGGCCGCCAACAACACGUCCACCAAGGCCAAGCUGCAGAUGGUGCACGAGUUUCCGACGCUAUUUCUCGGCCUGCGACGCAACCGGAUCUUCCUGGUGAACUCGCUCGCGCAGAGCUUCGAGCUGAACCAGCGGGACAUCAUCCUGACGUUGCGGAAAAUCAAACUAAACGAACAGUACGCCCGGUUAGCGGCCGUCUUCGGUCUCACCGACAGCGAGGUGGAGAUUCUGUUCCGUACGAGUGUGCCUAAAAUAGCCGACUGUUUGCGAAAUUUCAUCGUCUGGCCGGACGAUAUCACGAUGAAGCUGAACGUCCCGAUCAACCUGCGGCAGCACUUCAACAAGAUCCAUCUCAUCCUGAACUACCUGGUCAUCAAGGUGCGGCAAAACGCCGUCAAACACCUGUCCCAAGCCCAAACGGAAUCCUCGUACUGCGAGCUCGACCAGUGCCACAAGCUCAAGUACCUGGUCGCGUCCACCCUGGACGGGUGCGUCUGCUUCGUGUCCCGAGGCUUCGGCAUCCAAACCGACGACGAGGCCGUCCUCGCCCAGUCCGGCUUCCUCACCAAGUUCAAAACCAACACCAACCUGAUCGCCGGCAAAAACUUCCACAACUUCGAGGACCGCCUCACCAACGGCAACGACCACGACCACGAGAACAACAACGGCGCCGCCGCCGGCUCCGACUCCGACCUGGAACGCACCCUCACCACCAACAACGACGACGACAACUUCGAGGAGAUCGUCUCGGAAAAGAUCAGCAAAAGCCGGACGUUCAAGCUGAAAAACUACAUCGAGAGUGUGCUGGAGAGCUUCCAGGCCCACCUCAUCCUCUCGCCCACGUCCUGCGUGGACGGCAAAACGCUCGAGCUGCUCGACGACGUCGUCGUGAUCGUCGGCGCGCUCAUCAACCUGCAGAAGCAGGAGGUCGAAUAAAGCCGCGCCCGACCGGCACGUGUCUAUGUGUAAGCUAUACUAAUCUAAUCAUAUCGUUACGAGAGUUUGUGGAAGGUUCCAAACGCAACCUUCUUGGAACACGGCCUCUUUUGCCCGUUUUACCUUGUUGACGACGGAUGCACUGAACUGAAAUGUGUUGAAGAUCGAAAAGGGCGCCACGGGCUCGCCAAGGAUGGCGAGCUCGAAUAUUGUAGAUAAAUUAUUAUUAUUAUUGAUUAUAUACAACUAACCGCUAGAAACACCCUAACACACAUCUACACACACACUCAACCAAGCAAACAAUAAAGUUUAUCGAUGGAAUAUUUACGAAAAUGAACGCAGUGAUUUCACGUUGGAAUGAAGAGAGAAAGUCUGCUCGGCUGGUUAAGAGCAAAAAUGCCGGUUCUAUGGAAUUGCCUGUACAAAAUUCGUAGAUUUUCUAACCAUUAUAAUAUAUUUACGGAUUUAAUCUUCACUGAAAUGGCCUCAAUCCGAAAUGGCCGGGAACCCUCCGAGAUGUUCCGAAGGGGGGGACAUUUAAAAUUUGGCAGAAUCGGCCACAAUUCAAAUUUCAAAUGUUUUGUCAUUCUGGUCAUGUCUAAAACAUACCCACCUGUACCCUUUUUCAAGUUGUGAUUUUUCCAAAGCUCGUGCUUGCCAUUUCAUUAGGGCACAUAACUUUUUUAGGCAAGAGUGUGUCCCUUUCACACCUUAUGUAAACUGUCAUUUGAGUGAAAGGGGCACACAAUUGUUUACAAAAGUUAUGUGCCCUUUUUGAAAUGUUAGGCUCCAAUUGUUCAACAGAACCGAAAAUGAUUAUGGACAUUUCACGCAGAAAAAUAUUUUGUAGAAUCAGCCUGUACGAGGCUUGAUUCAACCAAAAUUUUGUUGAAUAUAAUCAACGCCGAUUUUGCGUUGAAAUAAACCUUGAUUUUCUCAAUUCCACAAAAAUCUUUUGUUGUUUUGAAAAAGUUGCUUUGACGUUUAGCGUUGAUUCAACAAAAAUCUUGGUUUUCGAAUCAACAAAACGUUUUGUUGAUUCAAAUAUGCCUUAUUUUUCUGCGUGUUAAAGUUGACUGGACUAUUGCCGGGUUUCCCCGAGGAGGUUCUAUUUAAGGAGGAAUGGCUCGAAUUUCUUU